UCUAAAUAUAUUUUACCAUAACCUUUUGAACGUUUCAAGAUGGCGUUAGGAGACGAGGUUGUUGUCGCCGGUGAACCAGAAGAACAGGAAGAGUCAGAGGAAGAAGAAGAAGAGGAAUUAGUAGAUCCUCAGACGGUAUUACGAGAGGAAUGCUCUGCGAAACCCAAAUGUGCAGAAUUCAAGGAGAUACUGGAUAAAUGUAAUGAAAGGGUAGCUGUAAAACCUGCCAUCGAGGAGGAGACUUGUGAAGAAGAAUUGAUAGAUUAUGUAAAUUGUGUAGACCACUGUGUGGCAAAAUCAUUAUUUUCAAAGUUAGCAUGAUGUGAAAAAAGUUUAGGGUUUAGUUUUAUUAUUGGACACAGUGUGAUAACAGUGGGAAUGAAAGACAGACUUCGACAAGUUUCCAAUUCUGAUGCAACAGAAGGACCAUUGAGACAUUCAGUUCAUAUUGAUAUAACAAUUGUGUUUGUUGCAAAAUUAUUAAAGACGUUUCAAAAAUGGUA